AGAGAGAGAGAGAGAGAGAGAGAGAGAGAGAGAGACGGAGCAGUCCAUCCUUGUAAGGUGUUUUCAUAUUUGCCAGUCUUCCUUUUCUUGUGUCAAAGAUGCAGGUUGUCAGUGGUGGAGGAUUACUUUGGAUAUACGCUCUUAUAUUUACUUCCCUACAGCUCUGGGGAAGACUCUCAGCUUCCACUUCCUUACCCCCUCUUCCGGUACCUACCCUAGACGUCUACUCGAGGUCAAAAGACUCAGUGGUCCUGAACUGCAAGGUCCCACAGGGCCAUCAUGGGUUUCAUUUCAAGUUGUACAGAUUCAGAGAUAUGGUGGACUCUAAGGAGACAACGUCCGGUGCUGAGCAAGUUCAGUUCGCUGUCAAGAUAAAGGAAGGGAAUUCAAGUGAACUGUUCUGCUGUGUGUACAAGGACCAGGGAGGCCGCUACAGUGCAAUGAGUCCUUAUUUGCAGCUGGAAGACCAAAAAGAAACUGACCCCACUCGCUCCAUACCCUCUCUCCCUCCCCCAGUCUUGUCUGUUGAGCCGCCCACGGGUGUGGUAAAACGUGGGGACACGUUAUCCUUCAGUUGCUCAGUCCCUGCUCUUUCAUCUCAGUCUCAGUCUCAGUCUCGCCAUACCAACAAACCCCUAACCUUCUUUUUGCUGAGGACUGCUGAGAGAACAGGGACGACAUCUGUCAUUCUCCAGCCUCAGGUCAGUCAGAUAUCAGGCCCUGAAUCUCAGCCAGGAGUCUUCACUGUGGGGCCAGUGAGUGGAGGAGAGGAGGGAGAGUACACCUGCAUCUACCAGGUCUCCAAAAGGAGGCGACUGGUUAAUUCAACUGUUAGCAAUGUGGUUCAAAUCACCAUCACAGAUGUGCUUCCACUGCCCACUCUUGUUCUUCAACAGCAGACAGACAUUUGGCAUUUGCUCUGCACAGGGUCUCCUGCAUACCCUAGUGCUGUGUUCUCGCUCUACCAGGUGGAUAAUGAAUUUCCCAUUGCCACUCACCAUGCCAAAAUGACCCUCCAUCAGGCCACUUUCCCACUGCCUGUCCAAGACACUCCACUGGUUUCGUACCAGUGCCAGUACAGUGUCCUUUUAGGAAUGAAAUGGAGCUAUUCCGAGCGCAGCCUCCCUCUGGCUGUGACUAGAGAAAUUUCUCCUCCUUCAUCACCAGAUUUGUUGGGUAUGGACUGGCCUCUUGUGCUGGGCUCUUUUGCUGCUGUGGUAUUAUUCCUCUGUUCAGCAGUGCUAGUGGUUGUGGCAGCACACAGGAAAGCAAAAGCAGCAGCUGAGAAAAAGAGGAAAAGAAAGGAAGCACAGUUCUGGACUCAAAUCCACGCUAAGGACCAUGUUGUUGACCUUACGCUCAGGCGAGCAAGCCUCACAUCUCAGGAAUGGACCGGUGGCGACACUGAGACACUUUCCAGAUCUCCAUUUUGGAACCCUCUCUCUACGUUCACAACCCCAAGUCAUCCAAUCCAUUAGAGAUGUGUUUGUUCUCUCUCUCUCUCUCUCUCUCUCUCUCUCUGUCUCUCUCUCUGUCUCUCUCUCUCUCUCUCUCUCUCUCUCUCUCUCCUUUAUGUGUGUGUAUGUGUGUUUAUACUUUAUCCCAGCUUAUCAGGGUAGCAUGAGUUGGACUUUCACAGCAGGACAGGAAGAGCUAUUUCCUAAGUUCCUAUUUCGUUUGUAGAGGGUAAAAUUGUACAAUUUGACAGGAUAUGAUGUUUGUUUGAUCUUAAAUGUUUGUGUGUGGGAAAUGUGUUUUGUGAGUAACUUACAUUAAGCUUUAAAGUUUCUUCUUAGCCUUGGAAAAAGCAGUCAAGGUCCAUUUAGAACCUGCUGUCUGGAGCUUUCAGCAACAUUAUAGAAUCUUCAUUAGCCCGGAUGUCAUGGAAUUUAGUAUCAGCAACUAAAUGAACUUUUGAAAUGUAUAUUUACCUGCCUGUUUUGACUAAUAUUACAAAUUACCUAUUUGCAGAUUUGCAGAACAUUCCAGUACCAUCAACAUUAUGUAAAGUCAGUACACUUUUUAACUAUACAUGGAGCAUUGAACAUUGUUUUUUUUUUUUUUUUUUUUACAUAGUAAUGAUGAUAAUAAAGUUUAUUUAUAUAUCACUUACAGAUACAAAAGUUCAUUCAAACAUACAUGUGAUAGAUGUGUUGCAUACAUACACUGCAUGUACCAACCUACAUACACACAGAAAUACAUACAUUCAAACAAAUUAUCUUAUACUGUAAAAACUUCAACUUAUAUUCUUUGGCAUGAAUAACAAUUGGAAGUUGUUAGACCUGAGAAACUGAAAUUAUCAGCAUUCAAAAUAAAAAGUGAACAACUCCUGAUAACAUAGAAUCCUAAUCAGCAAUUGACUACAAAGUUUGAAAGUUCUGUUGACUUGCCUUCUUAAGUUUGGAAAUGCAGGAAAACUAUUUUCACUCCUUGUUUACCUUAUCCUUUGCACUGUAAAAUCUCACUAUAAGUUAUAUUAAAAAUACUUUUUAUUAAAUUGA